AUGGGGGAAUAUAUACCUCGUUUUGAACAACGGGAAGGUGACCAACGCAGUUAUGGUCCCCAACGUCUUCCUACUUUGGGAGCGGUCCCUGUCAAAAAUGAAAAAGGACAAGUAGUCAUGCAGAAAGUCAAAGUGCAAAGAUACAUCGCCGGAAAAAUGCCGAAUUAUGCCAGGGAGGGUGGGUCAGAUUCAGACGAAGAAGCUCGCGAGGACAAAAAAAGGCGGGAGAGCAGAUUUGACAAGGAAGAAAAACCUAAAGACAAGCACAGACGAGAUAAGGAUGACGACCGCGAUCAGAAACGGCGCGAUCGACAUCGUGAUGAAGGAGGUAGUCGCGUCAUUGAAGAGCCUGAGGUUUUGAAAAAGGAAGAGUCCGACGAGGAUGCAGAAGUAGUCGAGCAACGUCGACAGAGAGCACGACUAAGAAGGCUUGAUCUCGAACAGCAGCAACAACAAGAAGAAGAAGAUGAUAUUGGUAGUGAUGAAGAAGAGUUUGAAAGACGCCGAAGACUGCUCCGGGAACGAGCAAAGCAGAAGGAGCUGGAGGAGAUCCGAAUGAAGGAGGAGAUCAAGCAGGAAGAAGAAGAUGAAGAGGAUGAGGAUGAAGAGGAGAGCGAAGAGGAAUCCAGUGAAGAAGAAGACGAUGACACCUUACCGCGGUUAAAGCCUGUUUUUGUUCGCAAGAAGGACCGUAUUACUCUAAUCGAAGCAGAAAAGGAAAAGCUACAACAAGAACAAUUGAGAAGAGAGGAGGAGAGGAAAAAAGAGGAGAGAAAGAAGGACAGCAUUCGGCUAGUACAACAAGUUCUCCGUGAAGAGGAGGAAAUGGAAAAACGAAAAAAAGAGGAGAAUGCUGAUCUCGGUUCGGUUGUGACAGAUGACGAAAGCGAGAAUGUUGCCUACGAAAUGUGGAAGUUAAGAGAAAUGAAACGGCUCAAAAGAAAUAGAGAAGAGCGUGAACAAGCGGCCAAAGAAAAGGCAGAAUAUGAGCGUAUUCAUAACAUGUCUGAGGAGGAACGUGUCAAAUUUCUGCGGGCGAAUCCAAAGAUCAUUACCAACCAGGCUAUUAAAGGAAAGUACAAGUUCUUGCAAAAGUAUUACCAUCGUGGUGCUUAUUUCUUGGAUCAAGAGGAUGAGGUGUAUAAAAGAAACUUCGCUGAGGCAACGGCAGAUGAUGUGUUUGACAAGACUGUGCUUCCCAAAGUUAUGCAGGUUAAAAAUUUUGGAAAAGCAUCACGUACCAAAUAUACCCAUCUUACCAAUGAAGAUACGACAGAUCAUCAAGGUGUAUGGGCUAGUGCCAAUAAUCUCAAUGUGCAGUUCUUUAACAAGAAAGCUGCUGGUGUUAGACCUGUGUUUGAAAGGCCUGCAGCAAAGAAGAGGAAGACUUAG